GCAUGUUAUUUUUGUAGACGAGUAGAAUUUAGGUGAAUUUGCUUCUCUGGCUACAUGAUUUACUAACUAAAUUGCAACUCAGUCUAAUCAGGUACACAUUUAAGUUGUGUUUUUUAGUGGCAGUAUACAAUAUGACAAUUUUACAAAGUUCAGUAAUCUUCUGUGAGACGAUUUGCGCAUUUUUCCUUUGUUGACGUUAAUUGUUCCGACAGUCAGUGAAUGUAGCUUCUGGUUUAGGUCAAACGCUUUCCAAGAUGCUAAGGCAAAAUACGUUCUUUAGGUGACAAUGUAAAGAACCGCUCGUCCCGAAAAACAGCGUAUUACACAGCAGGUUAACAAUGGACGAAGAAGGCAGAUGGCAGACAUGUCAUCUCUUGGACCUGCCUUGGGAGGAUGUUCUCGUUCCAUACAUUUUGUCCUACUUGCCUUUGCAGUACAUUGUCAGCCUGCAGAGGGUGAGCAAGCAGUUCCACAGCCUCGUCCAGGUGUACCUGGCCAACUGCAGGACUUUUAAUCUUUCCACCAUUGGACCUUGCAUCCCCAAGGAAGCAUUUUGCACAAUGUUAAAAGACAAUAAAGUUCUCCAGAACCUGUCCCUUCAAAACUGUUCAGACUGGGUCACAGACAAGGAGUUGCUUCCUGUUAUUGGCCAGAACCAGCAUCUGCACAAGGUAGACAUGAGUGGCUGUGCCUCCCUUACUCGCCACUCCUUAGUGGCCGUGUCCUUGAGCUGCACACACCUCCAGCAUCUCGGCCUGGCUCACUGCGAUUGGGUGGACUGCCUGUCUCUGCGCAGCCUGGCUGACCACUGUGGAGGGCUUCGGUCGAUCGAUCUCACCGCCUGCCGCCAGCUGAAGGAUGACGCCAUCUGCUACCUGGCCAAAAAGUGUUCUGAGCUGAAGUCGCUGUCUUUGGCGGUCAAUGCCAACAUUACAGACGAGUCAGUGGAAGAGGUGGCCAAGAACUGCAGGGGUCUGGAACAGCUGGAUCUGACAGGUUGUCUGCGAGUCCAGAACCAGUCCAUCAGAACUCUUGCAGAGUAUUGCCCAAAGCUGCAGUCCCUGAGGGUGAAUCACUGUCACAACGUGACCGAGUCGAGCCUUGGUCCUCUCCGGAAGCGCAACGUUGUGAUUGAUGUUGAGCCGCCUUUACCGCGGGCUCUGGUGCUUCUUCAGGACAUGCUGGGUUUCGCUCCUUUUAUCAAUCUGCAGAUCUAGCCACAGGGAGAAACUUAAGAAUGAGUUCCCAAAGUGAGGCGACUGACGGCUGUCACUUAAACCUACUUCAUGUGAUGGAGAACUGAUUUGACUUUUCAGAUAAGUAUGGAUAUGGAAUAAAAAACAAAAAGAGAACCUCACUGGAAUGUGGUCGACACUGCAACGUUAGAAUUGAACAGAAAAUAAGUUUGAAUUUAACAAAGAAAAAAGCCAUGUUUGUUUUUAGCCUUGCUGCCUCUUGUCCAAAAUAUAUUACUGCACUUUUUAUUCACUUAAUUGAAAGAUUGCAUUCCUAACCAAAAGCAUAAUGUAUUAUUUUGUCGUUUGUUCCAAACAAAAUGCAAAGCUACAAAUAGUCUUAUGUUUCAUUUAGAAACAUUUACAAUGUUUGAGUUUAAUUAAACAUUUUGUUUCGCUUAAGUUUAGUUGCAGGAAGGGUCAGUUCACCCAGGGCACACAAAUGCAUUUCCAAAGCUGUCACUGCAACACAAGAUAUUUGUUUUCAUUUAUUUAAGAUUUAAUAUCUCUACUGUGGUGAAUACUGUGUUUGUAUUCCCAUUGACAUGUUUUCUUGAAACAUAAAAGUUUUCACUUUGCCAGACCAGAAGCACUUGGAAAUAACUGAGUAUAUGUUGUUUUUGUGAUGUGAUUGAAAUGACCCUUUAAAUUAUAUUGUUGUAAAUAUGCAGUCUCAGCACUUGUUUAAAACACAAGAAUUUACUUAACUUUACUUCACUUUUCCCCAUUAAGUCUGAGUAGAUUUUAUAAGAACUUGUUAAGCAGUUAUUGUUCUUGUGACACGGCCCAUGAAUCAUGUAAGCAGUUAAAUUGGAAAAUACCACCCCAAAAAAUUGUGUAUUAAUCUGCUGUAAUUUGUAAAGCAAAACUUUCUUAUGUAUGCUGUAUUUUUUUUUCAAUGAGUAGUCUAAAAACUGAGGGAAUGACUUAAUUUUUUAAGGGAUUCUCAUUUAUUUGUUUCCACUUUCCCUUUUGAUCCAGACAUUGUGUCGUUAAAGACAAAUUAAGAUCAUAUUCACACCAUAUUCUGAAUUGAUGUGUUGACAUCACGCAUAUUUGUCAGUUCAAUUUAAAGCUUCAAACACUGAAGUAAAAUCACUAUAGUAGCCCUUCUUUACAUUUAUUGUCCACUUGAUGGCAUAGUGGAGUAAAUGAAGCAUCAUGAAGCUUUGGCUUCCUUUCCAAUUGGAAAGGAAGUUUCAGUGCUUCAAAGCUUUAUCUUGCUGUCACUGGUGGAUAGGUGUAUGUUGUACAGGUGAGGAGUUCAAAUAGGAUCCUGGCUGGUAGGUGAUCAAAAAUGUAUUUCUUAUAAUAAAAUGCCAAUGAAUUGUUUAAAAUUUGUAGUGUCUUUUUUGGGGUGAUAAUUUUUUUUCUUUAAUCAUCUAAUCUCUCAAUGUUGAAGUCUGAAUCUAUGAUGAAAAUUACCUACUUCUUCAUUCCAGAUGAAAAUAGUGAAAAUUCUGUGAUGUAUCAAAUUCUCAUUACCCCCACUGUAAGUGAACAGCGAUGUUUUGGUACAUCAUUUUCAAAUAAUGGUUUGAACAAUCGUUUGUUACAUCCAAACCCCAAUUGUUAGUUCACUAAUGUUAUCUAACAAAUCUUUGAGGCAUUCACAGAUCAACUGUUUACUGAGAUCAAAUCCAAUACAGGUUGAGUGUAUUUGUUGAUUUACUGACUUGUGAGUACUGUUAGAGGUGCCACAUUUGAUUUUGGACACAAUUUAUUAAAAAAUGUUGCAAAAAAAUGUAGCAGUUUCAUUAAAUUAAAAUAUGAACUGACUGCAUUGUACUGCAACUCCACAUAAUUUCACUGCCCUCUCUUGAUUUGUUUGUAAGUUUCUGAAUAUAAACUGCCUCUGUUUAUUUCAUAGUACAUUGAAUGCAAAUGGCAUUCCUUUGUAAAUUUUGCUUUACAAAUCUCAGUUGAAUUGAAUUAAAUCUGAGGCUAAAGAUGUCAGGCAUCUGAAAAGGCUCAAUCACUGGAACAGUGAUUGACCUGAAAAAAAUGCAAAAGCUACAAUACAUUAUUUCCUCAAAUUUAAGAGUUCUUUUUAAAACCUAAAGAGACACAAGAUGGCAGCAACGAGUCAGGAUAUUUGUCUUUAGUUCUGUUUGAGAGCCUCCACUGGUUUAAACGCCAAUUGAUGACAGAAAUAUUACAGUUUUAUAGCACCGAUACAUCACCAAUAGUUCAUAAAAUGUUGCACUUUUCAGGGAUUUGGAAGCAAAAAUCUUGUAACUGACUUGUUUAGCAGGCUGUGACAACUAACAUCAGCUUUAAAGGCCUUGUUAUUGUCUGACGGAGCGAAUGCACAACAAGAAUUAAAGCUUUCCCCCUGUUGUCACAGCUUCUUGCAGUUUCCUCUGGUGGUCCACUUGGCAGACUAUGCCGAGUCUAGUCUCUGCGACAACACAACAGGUCUAUUUUCCACAUGAUGGCAUGGUUUACCCCAUCUGCUGCGUGCUGUCCGCGUUGGUUGUGUUUGAAGGGCUUCAGGGAUCGAGCAGCAUCCUUCUGUUGGCUGUGUUGAUCUUCAUAAUUUACUACUGUCCCUCAGAGGAGGCUGCAUGGUGCUCUUAGUUAGAAAACAUAAAAUUUUAGCCUGUACAGUUGCUGUUUGCUUUUAAUAUGCUCAUUUAAGAAUAUCCAAAUCAACUUAGUCAUACUUAUUUCAUAUUUUUCAAUCAAUAUAUAGGGAAAAAAAAGUUUGAUUCUCUUUUAUGCAACCUCUAUGCCUCUAAAAGUCACUCUGUAGCGACCCAAAAGGCCCUAGUUCUUGUUUCUGAGCAGCGCUCGGUGGGUUAAAAAAAACAUUUCAAGCUACAUUCAUCAUCUAGGACCUCAAUUAGCAUUGAUCUGCAGGAGGGAAAAGAAACAUUGCCGCAAUAUGAUAUUCCAUGGAGCAAUUUCUGUUCCAGUGAUUGAGUGUAUGGGGGGGAUUUCUCAAACACAGCCAGCCAAACAUAUUUUGUCUUCCUGUCAAUAAUCUGGCACUUGUCUAAAUUAUUGAUCAAUAGCAGCUGAUCAUUUUAUACAAAGGCUCAGCAAUGAAGUUGGUCCAUUCAGUUCGUGAAGCAGUUUUAGCCCCAGGCACUGUGUAAUAUAUGAUUCUCAUUAAAGCAAUGAAUAAAUCUAAGUUUAUUCUCUGACUGCAUAUAAAGUUCUUACUGACAGUAAAGAUGUUGUCCAGAGAUCUGGGGGGUAUGUUCAUGCUUCUUGCGGUUGCUGAGUCACAUAAGAAUAAAAGAAGACUUUCAAUAUUUGUUUAUAUUAGAAAAUACCAAUAAGAUUAGCAAUGUUUUGAUUCUUUGGUAAAUCAGUAUG